UAAAGCUUGUAAGAAACACUCGGGACUACAGGUCCAGAUCAUCUACGCAGACGAGAAAAAAGAAUAAAACACAGAAGCAAAGAACAAAGAAGAGGACUGAAGAAGAGAGACUCAACAGAGAUACAAUAUAAAGAUGGGAGACCCAAUCCAGUUAAAAGAGGAGGGAAACAAACACUUUCAGGCAGGCGAUAUCGACAAGGCCAUUGAGUGCUACACUAAAGCCAUCAAGGUGUGCCAGGACAAAAAAGUGCUGGCUGUGAUUUACAGGAACAGAUCUGCAUGCUACCUAAAAAAGGAAAACUAUGCUAAUGCAGCAUCUGAUGCAACUAAAGCGAUUGAUGUUGAUGCAAAAGACAUAAAGGCUUUGUACCGGCGCUGCCAAGCUCUGGAAAAGCUGGGAAAACUGGAUAUGGCUUUCAAAGAUGUGCAGAGGUGCGCCACGCUCGAGCCAAAGAACAAAACCUUCCUGGAGACACUCCGCAGACUGGGAGCAGAAAUCCAGUCCAAGUUGAAAACUACAUUUUCCACAGAUUCGAGGGUACAAAACAUGUUUGACAUUCUCUUUGAUGAAGAGAGCGAAAAGGACAAGAAGGAGAAGGCUGCCAACAACUUGAUUGUUCUUUCGAGGGAAGACGCAGGAGCAGAGAGAAUUUUCCAGAAUAAUGGAGUGACUCUGCUACUCAAUAUGAUCGAGACUGGCAAACCAGAAAUGAUCCUGGCUGCUGUCCGUACGCUGUCAGGAAUGUGCACAGGACAUAAGGCUCGCGCCAUGGCCAUCAUUCAGAUGGUGGGUGUUGAUAAAAUGUGCAGCAUCAUGGCUCUUGACAAUGAGGAGAUUGCACUGGCAGCCUGCAACCUCUUCCAGUGCAUCAAUGAUUCCCUCACUGGUGGAGAUACACGAGAAUAUGGGAAAGAAGCAGACCUGGUUAUGGAUCCAUCUAAAGACUUGAAAACUAUUCUUCUUUCUCUGCUGGAGAUGGUUGCCAGUAAAAAGGUGUCUGGCCAUGGCAGAGACCAGGCAUUAAACCUCCUGAGCAAGAAUGUACCUCGCAAAGAGAAGAAGGAGCAGGACCAUUCCAAAACCCUUUUCACUAUUGACCAUGGUUUGAAAAAGAUCCUCAAGGUUUGUGGCCAGGUUCCUGAGCUGCCAGACCAGUUGCCCUUGACAGAGAAUACACAGCUGAUUGCCAGCGUGCUCCUCAACAAGCUCUAUGACGACCUUAAGUGUGACCCAGAGAGAAACAACUUCAGGGACAUUUGUGACGAAUAUAUCAAAUCCAAAAUAGACCCCAAAGACAUGGACAAGACCAUUCAUGCCAUCAAUUGCAUCUCAGGGCUGCUGCAGGGACCGUUCGAUGUCGGUAAUGCUUUAGUUGGUCGGCAAGGCAUCAUGGAGAUGAUGGUGGCACUGUGCGGCUCAGAACGCGAGGUGGACCAGAUGGUUGCAGUGGAGGCCCUGAUCCACGCCUCCUCAAAGAUGAGCCGUGCCAGCUUCAUUAUUACAAAUGGUGUUUCACUACUCAAGGAUAUCUACAAGCAGACCAAGAAUGAGAAAAUUAAAAUACGUGCGCUGGUGGGUCUCUGUAAACUCGGUUCAGCAGGAGGCGAUGAUUACAGUUUAAGGCAGUUUGCUGAGGGCUCCACAGAGAAGCUGGCCAAGCAGUGCAGAAAGUGGCUCUGCAAUCCCCAGAUUGAUACCAAAACCAGGAAAUGGGCUAUCGAGGGUCUUGCAUAUCUCACUAAUGAUGCUGAUGUAAAAGAUGACUUUGUGGAGGAUGAGCCUGCCAUGCAAGCCAUGUUUGAACUGGCUAAGUCCAGGGAUAAGACGAUCCUAUAUGCAGUUGCUUGCAUCCUGGUUAACUGCACUAACUCCUAUGAAAAGAAAGAAAUUCUCCCUGAGCUGGUUCAGCUGGCCAAGUUUUCAAAACAACAUGUACCUGAGCAACACCCCAAAGACAAGAAGGACUUUGUUGAGAAGAGAGUGAAAAGGCUGCUGAAGGCCGGAGUCACAUCAGCUCUUGCUGUCAUGGUAAAAGCAGACAACACCAUCUUGACGGAUCAAACCAAAGAGAUGCUGGCAAGGGUUUUCUUGGCCUUGUCAGAGGAUCCCAGAGAUCGCGGUACUAUUGUUGCCCAGGGUGGAGGAAAGGCUCUCAUUCCACUCGCUUUGGAAGGAACAGAAGCAGGAAAGGUGAAAGCCAGCCAUGUCAUUGCCAAAAUAGCUGCCAUUUCCAACCCAGAAAUCGCCUUUCCUGGUGAGAGGGUGUAUGAGGUAAUACGUCCAUUAGUGAACCUCCUUCACACAGACAGAGACGGCAUGCAGAACUAUGAAGCUCUGAGAGGUCUCACCAACUUGGCUGGUUUCAGUGAAAAACUGAGAGUGAAGAUUGUGAAAGAGAAGGCUUUGCCCGAGAUUGAGAACUACAUGUUUGAAGAGAAUGACCAGAUCAGAUUGGCUGCCACUGAAUGCAUGUGCAACCUGGUGACAUGUAAAGAGGUGCAGGAUCGCUACCUGGAAGAUGGCAACGAUAAGCUGAAGUUGCUGGUGUUGCUCUGCGGCGAAGAUGACGACAAACUUCAGAUAGCUGCAGCUGGAGCUCUGGCCAUGAUCACGGCUGCUCAGAAGAAGCUGUGCACCAAAAUGACUCUGGUGACUUCCCAGUGGCUUGAGAUCCUGCAGAGGUUAUGCCUUCACACCAAUGCUCAGGUUCAACACCGCGGUCUUGUCAUUGUUUACAACAUGCUCAACUCAGACAACAGUGACCUGGCUAAGAAACUGAUAGAGAGCGAGUUACUGGAAAUCCUUUCAGUGGUUGGCAAGGCGGAGGAUAAUCCGAAGAGGCAGGAGGCCAUUGAUGCAGCACGCACAUGUCUGGUCAAAGCUAUGGAUCUGGGUCUCAUCAAACCUUUCACCAGCCCUUCUUAAAGAAAAAGCCAAAGAUCAAAGGACAUUCUCCCUUUUUCCCCUCUGUUAAACAGAGAUUUCCCCCCCAAAUAACUGUUUUUUCAUAUAAGUGAUUUUAGGAGUCAUCACCCUGACUCCCCAUCUCUAAAUAUAACCCCUCACACUGUGAAGUAGGGAUUCUUUUUAUAUAUACAGAAACGAGUAAGGGGUUGCGUGAUAUACUAAUCAUAUAUGGGGUGGGGGUUUAAAGUGAUUGGUUUGUGAUAAAGCUGUAACUGUGUCUAAAUGUUUAAAGACUGAUGCAUUUACAUGUGUUUAUAUUUUGCCAUUUGUGUGGUUGAUGAGCCAUAAUACACCAUUUAAAUAACACCUAAAUGUUUCAGUGUCUCUUUUUCUAUUCUAAACUCA